UUUGACCUCACGUCCGACACGUCGGUGGACGUCCUGGAGAACACGGCCCUGGGGAAGAGGGUGGCCGUGGUGCUGGGGAGGGACCCGGACGCUGGGGCCAACGGGCUGAUCAACUUCACCCUGGUGGCCGGCAACAUGGAGGACGUGUUCCAGGUGAAGACGGUGAACCACAGCUACGGGGAGGUUUACGUCAACGCGGCUCUGGACCGAGAGUCAGUCGACCGCUACCUGCUGAAGGUGCGUGCCGUGGACAGCGGCUCACCGCCCAGGUACACGGACCACUCCCUCACCAUCAACAUCCUGGACGUCAACGACAACGCGCCCGUCAUCGAAAGCCAGAGGGGCUACAACGUCAGCAUCAGUGAGAACGUGGGAGGCGGGACGUCGGUCCUCCGCGUCAUCGCGACUGACGAAGACAUCGGCCCCAACGCCAUGCUGUUCUACUACAUCACCGCCGGGAACCAGGACCUGACCUUCCGCAUGGACCGCGUGACGGGAGAGAUGGUGACCCGGCCCGCCCCCCCCGACCGAGAGCGCCAGCAGGAGUAUCGCCUCACCGUCACCGUGGAGGACGACGGCACGCCACCUCUGUCGACCUCCACCACCAUAUCCGUCCACAUCGUGGAUGAGAACGACAACGCCCCCGAGUUCCCCGAGGAGGAGUACGUGACGGUGCUGAGCGAGGGCCCGGACACCGUGGGCGCCACCAUCGCCACGGUGACGGCCCUCGACCCCGACGAGGGUCUGAACGGAACCCUGAGGUACGCCAUCGCCCAGGGGAACCUGGUCCAGACCUUCGGGAUCAACAGCCUCACGGGGAGGAUCACAGCUCUGAAGGAACUGGACUACGAGCUCAGCAGAGGUCACUACGUGCUGGUCGUCACGGCGACAGACCAGAGUCCUCAGCCGGAGCUCCGCUGGACGUCCAGCACGACCGUGCUGGUCAACGUCCUGGACGUGAACGAUGUGACACCCACCUUCCCCAGAGCCUUCGAGGGCCCCUUCGAGGUGACGGAGGGCCAGCCGGGGCCUCGGGUCCUGACCCUCAGGGCCAGCGAUGAGGACUCUGGGCUCAACGGCAAAGUGGAGUACAGCAUCACGGCCGGAGACCUGCAGAGUGAGUUCACGGUCUCUCCAGUAGAGGGCGAGCUGCGCGUCAGGAAGGACGUGGAGCUGGACCGGGAGACCACCGGCUACUACAACAUCACGGUCACCGCCCGGGACCUGGGGACCCCCCCACGGAGCAGCUCGGUUGUGGUGGGGGUCCGGGUCCGAGACAUCAACGACAACAACCCGGUGCUGCUGGACCUGCCUCUCAACAGCAGCGUGAGCGAAGGCGCCGCCGUCCACGCCGCGGUGGCCCGGGUCCGGGCGCGGGACGCCGACAGCGGGCGCAACGCGCUGCUGACCUACAACAUCACCGCCGGCAACCAGGACGGAGCCUUCUGCAUCAACGACACGACAGGUGUGGUGCAGGUGAACAGACCUCUGGACCGAGAGCGAGUGGCCGAGUACAGACUGACCAUCACCGUCAAGGACAACCCCGAGAACCCUCGCAUCGCCCGCAGGGACUCAGACCUCCUGGUGAUCUCCAUCCUGGAUGAGAACGACAACCGGCCGGUGUUCAGCAGGACCAGCUACAGGGCGGAGGUCAUGGAGAACUCUGCGGCAGGUGCUCCAGUCACUGUGUUGAAUGGACCGGUUCUGGCUGAGGAUAAAGACAUUGGACCCAAUGCUGUGGUGAAGUACCGCCUGCUGGGGGCCCGGGGGGACCUCUUCACUGUGGAGGCCUAUACUGGAGUGGUCCGGGUGCGUCCGGGCGCGGCGCUGGACCGCGAGGCCUUCCAGGAGCCCCGGGUGGAGCUGUUCCUGCUCGGGGAGGACCGGGGGGGCCUGAACAGCAGCGUGCCGCUCACCGUCACCAUCCUGGACCAGAACGACAACCCGCCGGUCUUCAGACCGCCCAGCUUCAGCGUCAGACUCCCUGAGAACAGCCCCGCAGGUGUGGUGGUCACUCAGCUCUCGGCCUCUGACGCUGACUCUGGCUCUAACGGCUGGCUGACGUACCGGCUGGUGAGCGGCGCCCAGGACCGCUUCGUGGUGGACCCGCUGUCCGGCGCGGUCCUGGUGGGCAACGCCACCCUGGACAGAGAAGAGCGCGGGUCCUACCGCAUGGUCGUCACGGCGACCGACCGCGGCACCCCCCCCAUGUCGGGCACGGCCACCCUGACCGUCGUGCUGGACGACGUGAACGACUCGCGGCCCCGCUUCGUGGCGCCCGUCACCAUGAUCAACGUCAACGAGUCCACGCCGCCCGGCGUGGUGGUGGCCACGCUGACCGCCGAGGACCCGGACCUGCACCCCCGCCUGGAGUAUUACAUCAUCUCAGUGGAGGCCAAGGACGAUGGGAACCACCCGGUGGACGGGCUGCAGGAGUCCUUCGGCAUCGACCUCCACACGGGUGCCGUGUUCGUACGCAACCCGAUCAACAGGGAGCUGGUCGCCAUGUUCGAGAUAAUCGUGUCCGUCCACGACAACGCCAGUGAAGUCAUUGACCAGUCGGGAAGUGUCCCCAACGCGAGGCUGACCAUCAACGUGCUGGACGUGAACGACAACGCUCCUCGCUUCCGGCCCUUCGGAGUGUCCAACUUCACAGAGAAGAUUCUGGAAGGAGCUCGGCCCGGCACCACGCUGCUGUCGGUGUCGGCCGUGGACCCCGACAAGGGCCCCAACGGCCAGGUCACCUACCAGCUGCUGCACCUGCCCCGGGGGGGCUACGUGAGACUGGAGGACCCGUCCACUGGUAAGAUCGUAGCCAACCAGACGGUGGACUUCGAGCAGGUGCAGUGGCUGAACUUCACGAUCCGGGCCCAGGACUACGGGAGUCCUCCCAGAAUAGCUGAGCUGCCAGUUUAUCUGCAGAUAGUGGACGUAAAUGACAACAACCCCGUGUUCCUGCAACCCUCAUACCAGGAGCCCGUGUUCGAGAACGUGGACCUGGGCACCACCAUCGUCCGGGUCAAGGCCACCGACGCCGACUCGGGCCUCUUCGCGGUCCUGGAGUACAGCCUGGUGGACGGGGAGGGCAAGUUUGGCAUCAAGCCAUCCACUGGAGAGAUCUACAUCCUGUCUCCUCUGGACCGGGAGACCAAGGACCACUACACGCUCACCGCUGUGGCCCGAGACAACCCCGGAGGGAGCUCCAACAACCGGCGGGAGGACUCCAUCCAGAACAUGGCAACUAGAACAUGGCGCCUAGAACACGGUUCUGGUGACCGCUCCUCGGAGCACUUCAACCUGACGCUGGUGGCCACGGACCAGGGCCGGCCCCCCCUGUGGAGCACCGCCCACCUCGUGGUCACCGUCAUCGACGUCAACGACAACCGCCCGCUGUUCGUCCGGCCGGCCAACGGAACCAUCAUCCACAUCUCUGAGGAGCAGCCGCCCGGCCUGCCGGUGUACGAGGCGUACGCCACGGACUCCGACGAGGGCGUGAACGGAGAGGUCCGCUACGGCUUCCUGCAGACGGGCGCGGGCAACCGGGACUGGGAGAACUUCCACAUGGACGCCAUCUCUGGAGUCAUCACCACCACCGUGAAGCUGGACCGGGAGAAACAGGCCCUGCACAGCCUCGUCAUCGUGGCCCAUGACAUGGGCCAGCCGGUCCCUUAUGAGACCACUCAGCCCCUGCAGGUGGCGCUGUUGGACAUCGACGACAAUGAACCCGUCUUCCUUAAACCGCCGCGCGGCAGCUUGCCUUACCAGAGGAUGGCGGUACCGGAGCACUCCCGGCCCGGUACCGCGGUGGGGAACGUCACCAGCGCAGUGGACGCGGACGAGGGCGCCAACGCCAUCGUCUACUACUUCAUUGCAGGAGGAAACAUGGACGGAAACUUCGGCUUGGGUAUCGAUGGAGAGCUGAAGUUGCUGAAGGAUCUGGACCGCGAGGAGGUCCCGGUCUACUCGAUCAUCGUCAAGGCCUCCAGCAACAGGAGCUGGACUCUCUCCAGGGGUCAGAGGUCGGCGCGGGCCAAAGCCCUGGACCCUGCCAGUGACCCCAGCCUGCUGGAGGUCCGCAUUGAACUGGAAGACAUCAAUGACCAGAAACCCCGCUUCAUUAAGGCGGAGUACACUGCAGGAGUUGCAGCGAACGCCAAGGUGGGCUCCGAGCUCAUCAGGGUGGUGGCUCUGGACGGCGACGUGGGCAACAACAGCGUGGUGCAGUACCACGUCGUGACCAUCCGCUACUUCCUGUCCCAGAGCAACGGCAGCGAAGACGUCGGCAGCAUCUUCAUCAUCGGUCUGACGGACGGGGUGAUCCGGACGUACGACCUCUUCACCGCCUACAGCCCCGGCUACUUCCAGCUGGAGAUCCUGGCGUGCGACUUCGUGGGUCACAGCACGACCGCCAACGUCAACAUCUACAUCCUGCGGGACGACCAGAGGGUCAAGAUCGUGUUCAACGAGAUCCCCGACGUGGUCCGAGAGAACCAGGAAGAGUUCGUCAACCUGCUGUCCAACAUCACCGGAGCCAUCGUCAACUUGGACGACAUCCAGUUCCACGUGGACAAGAAGGGCCGGGUCAGCUACGGCCAGACGGACAUGCUGAUCCACGUGGUCAACAACCACAGCAACACCAUCCUGGACGUUGCCAGGGUCAUCCAGAUGAUCGACGAGAACAAGGAGCAGCUGAGGAACCUGUUCAGGAAGUACACCGUGGUGGACGUGCAGCCCGCUAUCAGCGACACGCUGCCCGAUGACAUCACCACGCUGCAGCUCGUCAUCAUCAUCCUGGCGGUGCUGCUGUGCUUGGCAGGAAUUCUGUUUGUCACCAUGAACUGGCACUACCACCAAGUACACCAGAGGAAGCUGAAGGCCAUCGUUGCAGGAUCCACAGGGAACCAGGGUCUCAUGGACAUCCUGGACAUGCCCAACACUAACAAGUACUCCUUUGAGGGGGCUAACCCGGUGUGGCUGGACCCGUUCUGCCGCAACCUGGAGCUUGCCGCUCAGGCUGACCACGAGGACGACCUCCCCGAGAACCUGAGCGAGAUCACGGACCUGUGGAACAGCCCGGCACGCACGCACGGGACGUUUGGCCGAGAGCCUCCGGCGAAGCCCGAGGACGACCGCUACCUGAGGGCGGCCAUUCAGGAGUACGACAACAUUGCUAAACUCGGCCAGAUUAUGAGGGAGGGGCCUAUCAAGGGUUCCUUGCUCAAUGUGGUCCUGGACGACUACCUGAGGCUGAAGACGCUCUUUGCGGCGCGGCUGGUCACUGUGUCCACCAGUCAGGGAGACCACUCGUCAGUCACGGAGCUAAUCCAGAGCGACCUGGACGACGAUGAAGACGAGCACCUUGGUGGGGGGCGCGGCACCCUGCGCUUCAAGCACAAGCUCCCGGUGGAGCUGAAGGGUCCCGAGGGCGUGCACGUGGUCCACGGCAGCACGGGCACCCUCCUGACCUCUGACCUCAGCAGCCUGCCAGAGGACGACCAGCGGGCCCUGGCUCGCUCAAUGGAGGGCCUGAACGCCGACGGGGGCCUCUACUCCGAGCGCAACGCCCGGACCGAGUCGGCCAAGUCCACGCCGAUGCACCGCCACAAGGACGGGGGCGGCCCGCUGGAGAUCACCGAGUUAUGACUAGCCGAGGCCUCGCUGGUCUGAGCCACGAGACAGAGACAGAGAGAGAGUGUGUGUGUGUGUGUGUGUGUGUGUGUGUGUGUGUGUGUGAGUGAGUGAGUGUGUGUGUGAGUGUGUGAGUGUGUGUGUGUGUGUGAGUGAGUGUGUGUGUGAGUGUGUGUUGUCUCUAUGUUCCUCAUCAGCCAACCAGUCCACCAGUGAGACGGCCUGCUAAGGACCUCCUGGUCUUGGUCCUCCUGGUCCUCCUGGUCUUGGUCCUCCUGGUCUUGGUCCUCCUGGUCCUGGUCCUCCUGGUCUUGGUCCUCCUGGUCCUGGGCCUCCUGGUCUUGGUCCUCCUGGUCCUGGUCCUCCUGGUCUUGGUCCUCCUGGUCCUGGUCCUCCUGGUCUUGGUCCUCCUGGUCCUGGUCCUCCUGGUCUUGGUCCUCCUGGUCCUGGUCCUCCUGGUCCCACGUGCUUCAAGCUGAGGUUCAUACGGAGGAGCCUUGUCCUCUUCAUGGACGUCUCAGCGCUCAGUGGAGAAGAGACUCCGCCUCCAGGAGGAGACGCGUGUUGAACCUCGUGGUCAGAAACCUUCUGCAGUCGCACCUGGACUGCACACACACACACACACACACACACACACACACACACACACACACACACACACACAGAAGACAUCAGAGAUGUUAGGGACAUGUUGUUGUUGUUGUUUUUGUUGGUCAAUUACAGACGGACAUUUAAAGCAGACUAGAGCUCUUCAGAUACUGUCGGUCCCUAGUGAGGCUCCCAGAGGUCCACCAGCACCAAGAGGGGCCACUGCAGUCUGCUGGAGGCCAGAGACCAGGGACCUGGUCCCGCUCUUCAUCUUUAGAGACCAGGGACCUGGUCCCGCUCUUCAUCUUUAGAGACCAGGGACCUGGUCCCGCUCUUCAUCCUUAGAGACCAGGGACCUGGUCCCGCUCUUCAUCUUUAGGGACCUGGUCCCGCUCUUCAUCCUUAGAGACCAGAGACCUGGUCCCGCUCUUCAUCUUUAGAGAACAUGUGGACCUGGUCCCGCUCUUCAUCCUUAGAAACCAGGGACCUGGUCCCGCUCUUCAUCUUUAGAGACCAGGGACCUGGUCCCGCUCUUCAUCCUUAGAGACCAGGGACCUGGUCCCGCUCUUCAUCCUUAGAGACCAGGGACCUGGUCCCGCUCUUCAUCUUUAGGGACCUGGUCCCGCUCUUCAUCCUUAGAGACCAGGGACCUGGUCCCGCUCUUCAUCUUUAGAGAACAUGUGGACUUGGUCCUGCUCUUCAUCUUUAGUACUCGGAGCCUCUUCACUAAUGACAGAUUCUAAAUCGACGAUGGUGAGGAGGAUCUUUAAAACAUUUUGUCAAGUUGUUUAUGAAUUUAAAAACAAAAGGCAGUCAAAAUAAAAUCAUGGCAAGAACUCAGUUAAAGUUUUAUAAACCUGAAGACGGCGUUGAGCCCAGACUUCACUGCCGGGUCCCGAGAGCUCGACACGAGCAACGUUUGCUUAAUUUUUUUAUUUUAUAGAAAAUGUGAAGGCACAAAAAUAUUUUCAAAGAAGCCGCCUGAGGCGCCAUGAUGUGGAUGUCUGUGUGUAGUGAGUAUUGUGUGUAUCCUGUAUUGUGUGUGUGGUGACAUGACGUACUUCUCUUCCUUUGUGUGUUUUGUUAUAUAUUUCCAUUUUGUACGUUUUUAUUUGUCUUCUCGUCACCACUCCUGAGAUCUGUGUUGAGUGAUCUGUGCAAAUAAAAUAAAUAUGCAACAGC